GAUCUAAUAAGAUAGGGAUGGUGCAGCCUUGGGGAUCAGCUAGGAGUGGAGAAGGGGUGAGAAGGGCGCUGGUGGGGGAGAGAGAGGAGCCAUGGCGGGGGGGCGGAGAAGGUCGCCGCACCUCGUGCCGUUGGCCAUGUAGGGGAGGGCAGGGAAGAAGGAUCACCCUGAUCCAAGCCCGCCCGCAACCGCACGCCUCGGGAGAGCCAAGGCUCGAUCCCGAGGAAGCAGCCCACACUGAGCCCCACCGCCUCAACAGAAGCUCGUCUCCCUGCCCGCCGGCCGGUCACCGGAGCCGCCACCGCCAGCGCCGCCUCCCCUCCUUUCCCUGCGCGGCUACUCCCUCCACCCGGACAACCUCGACCUCGGGCGCCUCCACGCCAUCGAAUCGCUCGACUUUUCCUCCUCUUCGGUCUGAUCGCCGCCACUGUUCAAAUUCCCCGCCGGCAGACCUCCUCCGCCGUUACGCGACGCCAGACGCGGACCGACCGCAUCCGGUGCGAUUCCAACCCCUUCGCGUUCUCUUCCCCUGCUGUCUACUCCUCCGUUUUUCUGAUCGAGUCGCUCCUCUCUUCGUGCGGCGUUCAGUGGACCUGCCCGUCUCGGACGAGGAUGAGGAUGAGUGGGAGGAUGGAGAGGAAGCUGAGGAGGAGGAGGAGGUGCGGGGAGGCUCUAAGAAGAAGGCCAAGCAGCACGUAGACCAACUCAAGAGGCUCGAGGAAAAGCUCGAGACAGCAGAUCAUCCUCCGGGAAACAGAAGCCUUCAACUCUCAAGACCGUUGGAUACGUUUUUCUUGCUAUUGUGCUGUUCAUAGUUGUUGUGCUACUGGUAAUCUUUUGCCUGUCCAAGUACCAAGAGAGACAGUCGAGACAUGAUUAUACAACAAGUCAGGUGGGAAGGGUGCACCAAAGAGUUGAAGAGCCUAAAGUCAAGCAGGCUUCAGCACAGUCAAGGAA